CCUUAGGGGCGGGGGCAGGCGGCGGCCCCCGGGGCUAUAAAGGCGGCGGCGGCGGGCAGCGCAGGUAGCCGCGACUCCGCGGAGCUGCUGCUGCCGCGACGGGGCGGGUGGGGGGGGGCAGGAUGCGGGCGCUGCUGCCGCUGCUGGCGGCGCUGAGCUGCGCGGCCCCGGCGGGGCGGGCGGCGGCCCCCGGCGGCGCCCUCAGCUCCAACGCCAUCAAGGGCCCCCCCGGGGGGGCCGCGGCCAGCGCCGCCCCGGCCCACGCGUUGCCCUUCGACGGCAGCAACAAGCCGCCGCCGGCCGCCACCCGCCAGCCCUUCCCCUGCGCCGAGGACGAGGACUGCGGCCCCGACGAGUACUGCGGAGGGGCGGCCCGGGGCGGCGGCCCCCCGCUCUGCCUCGCCUGCCGCCGGCGCCGCAAGCGCUGCCUGCGCGACGCCAUGUGCUGCCCUGGCACGGCCUGCAGCAACGGCAUCUGCGCGCCCCCCGAGCCCCAGCCCGGCGCCGGCGAGCUGGAUGAGACGGGCGCCGAGGCGCUGCCCCGACGGACGCCCGCGCCCGCCUGGCUGCCCGCCGCCAAAGGUGAGGAAGGGGACUUCUGCCUGCGCUCCUCGGACUGCGCCGCCGGCCUCUGCUGCGCCCGCCACUUCUGGUCCAAGAUGUGCAAGCCCGUGCUGCGGGAAGGCCAGGUGUGCACCAAGCACCGCCGGAAAGGCUCCCACGGCCUGGAGAUCUUCCAGCGCUGCCACUGCGCCGAGGGCCUCGCCUGUCGCCUGCAGCGGGACCACGGCCCCGCCAACGCCUCCCGCCUGCACACCUGCCAGCGGCACUGACCCCCGCCCCGACGGGAGGCACGGACUCUGCGCCGGGGCUGGCGGCACGCGGGAUGUGCCCGGCUGGAGCUUACCCGGCGCGCUCCUCCUCCCGCCGCUGGAGCUGGAGCGGAAGGUUGUUUCUCUGGGGAACUACUUUUUUUUUUUUUUUUUUUUUUUUUUAAAGCGACUAAUUGCAGUACGUUACUGUGUUGUGAAUACUCGAGGUGGCACUUAACUGUAUAUAUGCCGGAACUUUAUCGAUUAUUCCAAGGGUGCUGCCUUGUGCUCUUCAAGCUAUGACUGUGACUUUGUACACACUGGGUUUUAUCGUGUUUCAGUGGACGGACCUUCUGUUUGCAAGCGAAUAAACGGUUCUUAAAUAA